CUCUCUGUCAGCUGUGGAAUAGGAUUUAAAGUUGUGCUACUAGUCCAUGAAUCACAGAACGGUUUACGUUCUGCAAUACUAAUGGAAUAUACCCCAUUACGACCCGGGUCAAUUACUGGAGUCCAGUGUUCCAGAACAUGGGCCGACUCUCCAGAGUCACCUGAGAUAGUCUAUCUUUCACCUAUGAGCCGAAUGAGGAGAAGUAGAAAAUGGAUGGAUGUAUUUUUAUCAGGAUUGAGUCAUUCCUAAGCACCAUAUCCAAUUUUAAUCGCACAGGUGCUGAUAUUGCAAAUUAAAGGAAAAAUAUUUGUAAGUACCUAGCUCAGGUAUUAGUAAAUGCUUUCAGGAGCAUUUCCACAGCACAGCUAUUGUGUAACACAGCAUUGGCCACACCCACUGAGCAGAACGCUCGUACAGUUGAGCAAAAGAGCCUUGAAAUGUUUUAAUCCAGACACAGAACAGGCAAGCUGGGACUAAUCCUACUGAAUGCUCUGCUCACCAGGACGCUCCCUAACAGACACAGAACAGCUUUAGACAGGCAGCUGUGGAACAGAUACACCAUAUGAUGACACUAUCAGUUCCUCUACCGGAGAGUAUUGGAUGUCGGGAUGGGUUAUGAGUCGAAGCGUCUGCUCAGGAAUAAAUUCAGUGAUAUAAUCCUUUUGAGGUUUGAAAGUGUUAAACUCCAUGCAUACUGUCAAUCCUCAUCUUUGCUUUUCUGCAUUAGCAGCAUUCUGCUCUUAGCCAUAUGGCAGACUGUCCCAACUCUAUGAGCAUGUGUGUGCUGGGUUCCUCUUGUAGCAGGUGGCUAAGGAGAUAAUCCAGGUAAAGCCACUGCGAAGUGAGGAAGGGGGUGGGUGGAUGGAUAGAGUGAGUGGCCUUUGUAUGGACUCCGAGGGCUAAUUCUGGCCUCCUAAUUCCGCUCCCGUUCGCCCUCCCCCUCUUCCUGUUUGCCAUCUUCACACUGAUGGUUUGGUGCACUCCAUGACCAGGUAGACACAAACAUCACGCAGGUUCUUAACAAGCUCUCUGAGCAGGAAGAGGGUGAAAAAAAAGAGGCUGCGUGUAUCAUUGUGGCGAGUUAACCUGUCACACGCAUGAGUGAGCCCAAUUGGAGAAUGUAGCAUCGGCCUUCUCGACAAGCUCAAGGAUACGCGCUACCAUGGGAGAAGCUCAGAAGGAUAGUGGAGUGAUCCAACCACAGGGCUUACUCUCCGUCAUUGAGAAAUUAAAGGGAAGCAGCGAGCAGGAAGUGCGAAUAGUUCUUCUGGGCUUGGACAAUGCCGGCAAGACCACGCUGCUCAAGAGCCUUGCCUCUGAGGAUGUCAACACCAUCACACCUACACAGGGCUUCAAUAUUAAGAGCGUUGCCUCUCACGGCAUGAAACUCAACGUAUGGGAUAUUGGAGGGCAAAGGAAAAUCAGAACUUUCUGGAAAAAGUACCUAGAGAACACAGAUCUGUUGAUUUACGUUAUCGACAGUGCGGACAAAAAGCGAUUUGAAGAAACUGGACUGGAGUUAUCUGAGCUGAUAGACGAGGAGAACCUAAAGGGCGUUCCGGUGCUCAUCUUUGCCAAUAAGCAAGAUUUGGCCACAGCAUCGCCGGCCAGCGAGAUCGCCGAGGGACUCAACCUUCAUACGUACAGAGACCGCGAGUGGCAGAUUCAGGCCUGCUCAGCCGUGUCUGGGGAAGGAGUUCAGGAUGGCAUGAACUGGAUUUGCAACAACAUCAUGAAUAAGAAGAAGUGAGCCCUAACAACAUGGAGAAGGCAACUAGCAUCAUGUCCAAACACGCGCAUCCACACAAUACAGAUGUGAAUAAUUUCUUUUUGAAAUCUGUCAUGCUAUUAAUAUUUAGGCAACGAUAAGUUAAUUAGGCUUCCAUUGUGUUCCUGUCCAUCAUACCUCAGAUCCUUGUCUGGUGAUCCUAUGAAAACUAUGCAAACUUAGCUUAACUGUGUUAGAACUGUUGCCAUCUCUACCAUUCAAACAGUAGUUUGUUGUGUGUGUAGAGUGUAUUUUGACAUUUUUGACAAUAAAAUGUUCGGUGAUCUUU